AUGUUACUGCAUUGGUUGUUCUUCGCCAUUGCACAAGCAUGUCUUUGCUUUGUGUCUGUCACACAUCGUAGCCGUAAUUCCCUAAUACCAAAACGACAAUGGUUGCAAGAUCUGGUAACAUGGGACCAGCACUCCCUUAUCGUUCGUGGAGAGCGCGUCAUGAUCUACUCUGGCGAAUUCCACCCUUUCCGUCUGCCUUCUCCUGGUCUCUGGUUAGAUGUAUUCCAAAAGAUCAAAGCUCUAGGAUUCACAGGCGUGUCUUUCUACGCUGAUUGGGGCCUUCUCGAGGGUAAUCCUGGACACGUGGUGACAGAUGGCGUCUUCUCCCUGGAUCAGUUCUUUGCUGCUGCUAGUGAAGCUGGCAUUUAUCUCAUUGCUCGUCCUGGUCCGUACAUCAACGCCGAAACAGCUGCUGGUGGAAUGCCAGGUUGGACUCUGAGACUCAAUGGAACGCUGAGAUCUACUGCCCCGGACUACCUGAACGCCACGGUCCACUACCUGUCUGUAAUUGGUAAGAUUAUUGCUGAUGCGCAGAUCACGAAUGGUGGCCCUGUGAUUAUGGUUCAGCCCGAAAAUGAAUAUUCAACGUGGCCGGGAGAAUCCUUUGCCCAAUUCCCUGAACUGUUCAAUAGGGAGUUAAUGACUUUCACUGAAGAUCGACUUAGAGAUGCCGGUAUUGUUGUGCCGUUUGCUAUUAAUGAUAAUGAGAACAUGGGCUACUUUGCUCCGGGGUCGGGAUUAGGUGCUGUGGAUAUCUAUGGGAUUGAUGCUUAUCCCUUCCGAUAUGAUUGUGGUCAUCCAUAUGUUUGGCCAACAUACCGCUUCCCAACUGGAUGGCAAACGAAUCACACAACAUUUAGUCCGUCGACACCUUUCACGAUCAUGGAGUUCGAAGGCGGAUCAGGAGAUGGAUGGGGUGGAGUUGGCGAGGAUAUGUGUGCAAUUCUAGUUAAUAACGAAGGUGUCCGAGUGCUAUUCAAGAACAACUACAGUUUUGGCGUCACAAUCUUCAACACAUACAUGAUUUACGGUGGCACAAACUGGGGCAACUUAGGAUACCACGGUGGCUAUACUUCCUACGAUUACGGGGCAUCAAUCACAGAAGAUCGGCAAAUUUGGCGAGAGAAGUACAGUGAAAUGAAAAUCCAAGCAAAUUUCUUCAAAGUGUCUCCAGCGUACUUGACAGCCACAGCCGGAAAUGUUGGAAAUGGCUCUUUCGUCUCAACCAGCACCAUUGCUGUCACGCCUCUUUGGGGAAAUGGAACAACAACAAAUUUCUAUGUUGCGAGACAUUCGGACUUUACCUCUACUGGAAACGCUUCAUACACGUUGACGGUAUCUACAAGUAUUGGCAAUGUCACGAUUCCACAGCUUGGUGGCACGCUCUCGAUGAUCGGACGAGACUCGAAGAUUCAUGCUACGGACUACGAUGUUGGCGGCAUCAAUCUCUCAGUCCUUGUAUUGUAUGGCGGUGAGAGUGAGGUUCAUGAAUUCGCUUUGCCGAUGUCCACGGGUGAGCCCAAGUUGUCAAAUAAUUCUACUGCCAAAGUAGCCAAACUGGGAUCAGCAUGGGUCAUCAACUGGCAAUUUACGACCUCUCGUCAAGUAGUUACAAUUGGUGAUUUGACAGUCUAUCUUCUCUGGCGGAAUGAAGCCUACGAUCUCUGGGUCCUCGAGCUGCCUGCUUCUGAACCUAUCGGCAAUUUCACGUCGAUGUCAAAGUCCAACGUCAUAGUCAAAGCAGGCUAUCUCCUCCGCACUGCAAUUAUCGAUAACAACACUUUACACCUCACUGGCGAUAUAAACUGCACCACCACCCUAGAACUCAUAGCCACACCAUCCGACUCCCUCACAUCCGUCACGUUUAACGGCUCUCCCCUCGAAACCACCAAAUCGUCAACCAACAACCUCCUCGCCACAAUCUCCUUCUCACCACCCGAAAUCCAGCUGCCCGACCUCUCCAGCCCAUACCACGAAUGGAAAUACCACGACUCCCUCCCCGAACUAUCCCCCACCUACAACGACACCAUCUGGACACUCUGCACCCACACUAGCACCACCAACCCCUUGGGAAAACGCACCCCGACGUCCCUCUACGCUUCCGACUACGGCUUCCACACCGGCUCCCUCCUCUACCGCGGCUACUUCACAUCCACCGGCACCGAAUCCACGUUCACCGUCAACAUCACCGGCGGCGUCGGCUUCGGGCACUCCGUUUUGCUCAACAGUACAUUCCUCGGAAGUUGGGCCGGCAGCGGAGCAAACGAGACGUGGAUCCAGAAUUUUGCUUUCCCGGUCACGCUUGAAGUUGGGAAGAAUUAUGUGUUAACGGUAUUGAUAGACCAUAUGGGACAAGAUGAAGAAGCGCCGGGGACGGACGCUGUUAAAUAUCCAAGAGGGAUUACGGAUUUUUCGCUGCAGGGAAGGGAAAUGGAAGAUGUGGAGUGGAAGAUCACGGGGAAUCUGGGGGGAGAGCAGUAUUUGGAUCUGGUGAGAGGGCCGAGGAAUGAGGGGGCGAUGUUUGCGGAGAGGAUGGGGUGGCAUUUACCUUCUCCGCCGAGUGAGGGGUGGGAGAGUAGGAGCCCGGUAUGUGAUGGAGUGGACGGGGCCGGGGUUGGGUUCUUUACUACGGGUUUUGAGUUGGAUGUGCCCAGUGGGUGGGAUGUGCCGAUGAGUUUUGUAUUCAAUGGGACGGAGGGGGGAGAGGAGGGGACGGGAGGUAAUUAUAGAGCGCAGUUGUUUGUUAAUGGGUGGCAGUUUGGGAAAUAUGUCAACAAUCUCGGUCCUCAAACGACGUUUCCAGUGCCGGAAGGAAUUCUCAACUACAAUGGGAAGAAUGAUUUCUCAUUGGCGCUUUGGAGCUUAGAUGCUGCUGGGGCAAAACUUGGAGGCUUUGCGCUCGUUCCAAAGGCAUUCAUUAAAUCUGGGUAUAGUAAGCCAGCAUUGGUAGAUAGCCCUGCUUGGGUGAAGAGGGAGAAUGCAUAUUGAAGUGGUUCCUUGC